UUUUUUUUCUAGGACUCAACAAGCAUAACUUAAUACACAAGUUAAACAAUGUCAUAUAAAAAUUGUGUUUUCACUACGCUUACCGAUUGUGGAGGAGGGAAUACGAAAAUGCAACCCCGCAUUAUGAGGAAUUUAUUACAACAUAUCAGGCAUUUUGUGUCAGAAGGAUUACUUUCUUAUUCGCACAUGUCAAUACUUCUAAAUGCUGUCAAAUUCUCAAAACAUUAAGUAUGCAAGGCUUGACACUAUGAAAAGAUUCACUUGUCUGAUGCUCCGUCCGCGACAUUAUACAAUUGUACAAAAUACUCCUCAUGUCAAAAAUAAAAUCAUAGCCACUGGUAGAUCCCCACACGUAUAUAAAACGAUGCGUGCGGAAACUAGUGUCUCUAAGCCGUUACCGACGUCUAUGGACAGUACCAUUCGAAAAACGAAUGGUGAGGCCAUGCAAGACCAGACAACACAGUUAUAUCUGGACAACGUCUUUCCAUUAAAGAUCAGCUCCAUAGAUUUUCGUCAAUGGUUUUUCAGACGGUCAAAACACUUCUUAGAGAAUAGAGUCCAUCAAGCGAUACCAUCUAAUGAACUGCCAAACAACUUUAGUAUUCAGGAAAUCAUGGCCCGAACAAAGGAUGGCGGCGCAAUUGUUACCUUCGCGUUCAGAAGUACCGAAAGCAACAAAUAUAAAGUAGCUAAAGAUAUUGUGGAUCGCAUCAACGAAUAUAUACAAAAGAACAAGAUCGUUGCACCUUUCAAUUUUCAACAAGUAAGAGCCUUUAUCGUUAAAGGUUCCCCAUUCAUGGAAGACAUCCUAGCCAGAUACCCUACACAACGUAUUCGAAUUGAAUUUCAGGGGGAGCCAGUAAACGUAGAAAAACUCUAUACACACUUGAGGCCCUUCGGAAGAAUGUUUGAUAUAGCAUUGUAUCCGAAUCCUUUUAUUGCAAAGGAUCCCGCUCGUUACGCAAUUGUACAGUUCACAAGAGUGAGAUCAGCAACUAGCGCAAGGAAUUGUUUACAUGGACAAGUGAUAGACGGGACACGACUGAAUAUUCUUUAUGAAAGACAAUUGAGACCUAAUGUCGUUAAAGACUGGUUGGUCAAUCAUCCUCGUAUUACUGUUCCUUUAUUCGCUGCUAUCUUUGCUGGUGUUACCUAUGCUAUUUUUGAUCCUAUCCGCGUUUUCUUCAUUACAUCAGACAUUACCCAAAGAUUUAAUCCCGAAGAAUAUGCGAUUUAUCGCUGGUUGCGUAAUGAAACUUGGAACCGCUUGAUGCCAGGAUCAGCAAGAGAUUUGACAACUCAGCACCAUUCAUUAUGGGCUGAUGAUACAGAACAAAUAGGUCGAUUGAAAUCAUGGCUUGCUGAAACUCCGGAAACCUUCCUUGUGGUCACGGGUCACAAAGGUAGUGGCAAAUCUGCUUUAGUAAAAUCAGCGCUGAAAGAUAGAAAAAAUAAGUUAUUCAUCGACUGUGAAGCUAUUGGAAAUGCACGAAAUCAGUCUGAAUUAACCAAGAAUCUGGCUAAAGAAGUUGGUUACUUUCCUGUGUUUACAUGGAUGUCGUCGAUCAGCCGGCUAGUCGAUACUGCUGUCGCUGCCACUACUGGUCAGAAAGCCGGCCUUUCUACUUCCCCUGACUCCCAAAUCAAAAGUAUUUUAGAAACAGUUGCCAUCUCGUUACGAGACAUCGUAACAGACGAAAAAGAAGCGCGAUUGAGAGAGCGUGAGCAUGCCAAUCAGCAGAGCUUGAUUUCUAAACUUAAGAAGCUAAUAACAGGACGGGACUAUCACCAGCCGCUCAUCAGAAAGGAUCUUGAGAAUGAGAAAAAGGCAAGGAAGAAAGAGCACGGUAAAGAAGGCGUACCAAAUGGUGAUAGCGAGGAGCAAGACGUGAAGAGCAUACCCAUUGUAGUUAUCGACAACUAUAUGUAUAGAGAAACGAACAAAAAUGCAAAACUAUGGGAAGAGUUAGCUGAAUGGGCCGCUUUGUUGAUUGAAAACGAGAUUGCCCAUGUCAUUUUUGUGAGCUCAAAUGCUGGUGUUAUGAAGCUAUUGGGAAAAGCACUUCCUGGAAAGAGCUUUUCUACCGUAUCUUUAUCAGAUGCUCCACCUGAAAUAGCGCUAUCUUUUAUACAGAAGCAAUUAGGCUCAGAGAUGGAAGAUCCUUAUUUACGAGACAUCGUAGGAGCUCUUGGUGGACGCUUGACUGAACUUGAACUCUUGGUUCAAAAAAUGAGAAUGCAGAUGGAUGCACAAACCGCCUUUGAAGAUAUUGUCAGCCGUAACAUGAUAGAGAUCCGUAAAUAUGGUUUUGGUGAUGCCGUUGAUGAUUAUCAUAAGAUAGAGUGGACACCAACACAAUUUUGGGCUAUUGUAAAACGACUAACUCAAAGUGCAAGUAUUAAUUACGAUGAAUUGAAAUGGGGACCUGAAUUUAGUGGUGAUGAUAAUGCUCUGAAAUCAAUGGAACGAGCUGAGCUCAUUUUAAUAACACAGAAGGAAGGUCGUCCUCAUGCUAUUAAGCCUGGCAAACCUAUUUAUUACACUGUUUUCAAUCGCUUGGUAUCCGAUACAGUAUUUGCAGCCUCUAUGGAAAUCGACAAUAAUAUGGUUUUGAAGAAGAAAGCAGAACAAGAGAUGACGAAGCUAGAAGACACAAUUCAAAAGCUGGCUAGUAUUAGCCCUAAACCACCCAAAGAGAUUGAUGAGCGUAUCCGUUAUUUGCUGUCAAAGCUCCAAGCUAUGGAGAAAAGUAUAGAAGAAUAUGAUGCGAAUAUUUCGAAGGCUAAAAAAAUUGUUUCUGAGGCAUGGGUACCUGAUGAAGAAGAUUAUUAAUUGAAGAUAAUCACUUAUUUGCUACUUGGCACUGAUUGCCACUGAUCUACCAUAACAUUAAUAAAAAAGAAACAUACACAUUUGAACUGUUUGUUUUUCGAACUUUAAAAGAAUGAUUACGUAAAAUCAUCAGCAUAUUUGAAAAUCACCUAGCUUAAUUCUUUCAUAUUGAAGAAUUCUGUUUUAUUGUAAUUUUUUAUUCAC